AUGCACGAUCCCCGCACUGCGCCUGCUGAGCAACCUCGGAUGUCUGAAAAGCAGGCCGUCGCGGUCUGUGGUGGUCCCUCCUCCCCACGCUUCUCGAACCGCUUCAAAAAAGUUCUCGUGAUCCUUUGGGUUGCAUACUGCCUUUACACUCUUUACCGUCACCUCUGCACCAUAUUUUCACACAAGCACCAUGACCGUCAGUUGCAGACCAAUGGCGCGUAUGCACACGGGAAACUGGGCGCUGUUGCGAGCGAGAGUGCGAUAUGCAGUCGCCACGGGAUCGAGAUGCUCAAGAUGGGUGGGAAUGCGGCAGAUGCGCUGGUUGCGACUGUCUUCUGCGUGGGCGUAGUCGGCAUGUACCACAGCGGUAUCGGAGGAGGAGGCUUCAUGCUGGUCCGCUCGCCCAACGGCUCGUUCGAGUUUGUCGACUUCCGCGAGACUGCGCCGGCGGCCGCGUUUGAGGAUAUGUAUGAGAAUAACACGGCUGGGUCGGUUUACGGCGGUUUAGCGAGUGCUGUACCGGGCGAGGUCCGCGGUUUGGAAUAUCUUCACAAGCACUACGGUGUUCUCCCCUGGGCCACGGUGCUGCAGCCUGCGAUUCACACCGCUCGCAAUGGCUUUCCUGUCACGGAGGACUUGGUGCGGUACAUGGAAGCGGCCGUCGGGGACGGAGAAGAUUUUCUCUCCAAGGACCCAACCUGGGCGCUGGACUUUGCCCCCAACGGCACGCGGCUCGGCCUGGGCGACACCAUUACUCGAAAGCGAUAUGCAGAUACUUUGGAGACUAUUGCCAACCAGGGAGCCGAUGCCUUCUACUCUGGUCCGAUCGCGGAGACCAUGGUUCGAGCGGUGCAGUCUGACAACGGCACGAUGACGUUAGAGGACUUGAAAAACUACACCGUGGCGAUCCGAGAUGUCGCAGAGAUUGACUACAGGGGAUACAAGAUCACCAGCACGACCGCUCCAUCCAGUGGGAUCGUGGGUUUGAAUAUCUUGAAGACCGUGGAAGGAUAUCACCCAUUCUUCUCGCCGGAGACUGUCAAUCUGAGCACGCACCGCUUGGACGAGGCGAUGCGGUUUGCAUAUGGCAAGAGAACCAGUCUCGGCGAUCCGUUCUUCGUCGAUGGGAUGGACGAGUAUCAGAGAGAUAUGCUGAACGACUCGACCAUUCGAGACAUCCGCCGACGCAUUUCCGAUUUCCGCACACAGAAUGUGUCGGCAUACGACCCUGAUGGACUCGAGAGCCUGGAUACUCCCGGAACGUCGCAUAUCGUCGCCUCGGAUCAUUCUGGAUUGGCCAUCUCCUUGACGACCACGAUCAACCUGCUCUUUGGGAGCCGACUUAUGGUGCCUGAGACGGGAAUCAUCAUGAACAACGAGAUGAAUGACUUCUCGAUUCCAGGCUCGUCCAAUGCCUUUGGAUACGUGCCCUCGCCAUCCAACUACAUCCGACCGGGUAAGCGGCCUCUGUCGUCGAUCACGCCCAUCAUGGUGACACAUCCGAACGGAACGCUGUAUUUCAUCACCGGCUCCGCAGGCGGCAGUCGCAUCAUCACGGCCACGGUGCAGAGCGUCAUCCACGUCCUCGACCAGGGGCUGAGUGCCCCUGAAUCGCUGGCCCAGCCGCGGCUGCACGACCAGCUGAUCCCCAACCACGUCACGUUCGAGUACGCCUUUGACAACGACACGGUCGCGUUUAUGCAGGGUCGCGGCCACAACGUCACCUGGGUGGCAGCGGGGCAGAGCACGGCGCAAGCCAUCCGGGUGCUGCCCAACGGGACGUUCGAGGCGGCGGGCGAGCCGAGACAGGUCAAUUCGGGGGGGUUCUCGAUAUGA